AAGUUCGGGCUGGGUCAUCUUAGCUGCAGCCCUUGAAUGCAGCAUAGGACAGCCCGUGAACGUCACACCGUUCUCGAAGCUACCACAGCUGCAGUCAUGGCCACAAACAACGUGGUUACUGAAGCUAACAGGCUGGAUCCCCAGGCAGCACCCGGGGAUGGAGACGCUUCUGUUCAAGUCAGGAUACAAGUCGCUGUCACAGCUGCAAGCAUGUCACAGAGUGACUCUGUCUCAGCCCCGCCUAAAGUCGUCCCGAGUGGCCAGCCUUCAACCUGUGCAGUGUCAGGGCCUCGCACCUCACCUCCUGUUGUGGUGGUUGCAAAUGCAGGAGUGAGUGCAGGUAACCAACAGACAACGAAACAGCCUCAGAACCAGGUGGCCUCCGUGAAACAGGUUACAACCACAGGAAGGACGGUGUUGAUAACUGUUCCCAGAUCAGCAACUGCACAGCCAGUCACUCCUCGACUGCCACAGGCCACCUCCCCACAUCUCCCAGCCAAUAUCCAGAUACCUCCAGGUAUGAUGCUGAUCCGCAGUGACAGUGGGCAGCUGAUGCUAAUAUCUCAGCAGGCUUUGGUUCAGGCUCAGCAGGGACAAAGACUUAUCAGUGGUCAACCCACCAGGAUACUUGCACCGCAGGUGUGUGCAGCAGCUGAAAGUAAAAGGAAUGAGAAUGUAACAGUGAUCAAGAUGACGCCUACUUCCAGUUUCCAGCAAGCAGCACCAGUCCAGAAGACUGCUGUGGUCAUCGGUGUUGCCCCCAAACCAGCUCUUGUCCACACGGUGAACGUGGUGUCUGAGCGAGGCAGCCAUGCUGGCACUCAGGCAGCAGGCGCUAAAAAGGAAUCAGCGCCCACGUUUAGCAAGGAGACGCUGGAAAGUGUGAAGAAGUGCAAGAACUUCUUGGUAACGCUGAUCAAGCUGGCCUCCAGUGACUCCAGAUCUGUGAACGUGGCUAACAAUGUCCAAGCGCUGGUCAGGAGUCUGCUGGAAGGAAAACUGGAAGCAGAAGCGUUUACGGAGCAGCUCUAUGACACGUUGAAGUCGACUCCACAACCCUGCUUGGUGCCUUUUCUCAAGAAAAGUCUUCCUGCGGUGCGUUGCCUUACUGCAGACCCCCAGUUAUUCAUCCAGAAAGCUUCAGCUUCCACACCCCCUCCCUCAGCACCGUCUUCCAGCAUAAAGCAGUCCAACACUGAGAUAGGAAAAACCCUCCAGAACAGGCAGCAGGUUUUCCAGCCUCGAGGAGUGGCUCUGAGACCUGGCCUGACGACAUUAGUCCAGUCCAGAAAUUGCAUAUUUAAGAAACCCACCACUCGGCACAUAGUGGGAUACUCGGGAAAAAACUUCUCAGGAGGUUUUUCGGUAAAGCAGCCCUUCCCUCAUGAGCCGCCUAAUUCUACCAAAUUUGCAUUCAGAGACAGUUCAGGAUCUUACAAAGAAGAUGAUGAUAUUAAUGACGUCACCUCCAUGGCUGGAGUCAACCUGAGAGAGGAGAACGCACAGAUCUUGACCAGCACGGUUGGUGCUGUGGUGCAGUCGUGUCAGGAUCAGCUGUUCCUGUCCGCUCACCCGGUGCUCAGCAGAAUCCUUCACACAGGACAGGCUCAGGGAGUAACUGAUGUUGGUCCAGAUGUGGUUGCUUUGGUUUCUCAUGCUACUCAGGAGUUUCUUCGUGGGCUGCUGGAGAAACUCACUGUAAUGGCAGAACACCGCAAGACAGCCCUGAAGCAGAACUCGUGGCACACGCAAGUCAGUGACGUUCGUUCUCAGCUUCGCUUCCUGGAGGAAAUUGAGACCUUGCAGAAGAAGAAGAGAGAUGAGGAGGAGAGGGAGAGAUUGCUGCGUUUUGCCAGAGGUCGCUCUCACACUGAAGAUCCAGAGUAUCAGCAGCUCAAGCAAAAAGCCAAAGAGUUGCAACAAAUAGAGGAAGCUCAGCUGCAGCAGAGGGAGGCCAACCUCGCUGCUCUGGCUGCCAUUGGCCCUCGCAGGAAGAGACCCCUGGAUCAGGCCGACAGCCAGUCGCAGCGCUUCAGGCUGUAGGUUUAUAGAUGGGGACGCUCUGUUAGCUGCACACUCUACCCGCUGCCUUUGAACUCCAUUACCCAGAGGAAAAGACUGCAUGCCGCCUCUGUUUCCUCUCGCUGCUGCAGGCCUUCCUCCACGUCUGUACAGACUUUACCUCAGCUAGUUCAGCAAACAUUGACAGGAAGCAUGGAGUAGUGAUGGAGAGAGCGCCAUCUUUGCACAGAUGUUCUUUUUCAAUAUCGAGUUAGUGCUCAGAUCACACAUCAGUUAUGUUAUCAGUAACCAGAAGAAGCCUUUCCCCUUCAUUUUAAAAUGUUUUAGACAUGGUUUGAAAUGAGACUGAUUUAAGUGGGAUCGUGGAGAAAAUUUGAAACUUUGUAACAAAGGCAAAGCAACAUAUUAGCUACCUAACAGGAAAGAUGCUGUUUUAAAACCUGCCAAUGAGAUUAUUUUUAUUAUGUCAGGACAAUUACGAGCAUAAAACUGAACGAGGGAGACGUCCUCUCCGUACUCUUGCUGGUGGAUGGAUCAUCACCUCUGGGCUGCUUUGUUUUAAGAGAUCAGAUUAAAUUAAAUCUGUAGCAGCCAAGCGAGCUGAAGAGCAGGAGCAUGUGUUUAUGAACAACC